AUGGGAUUCAUCGUGGGAGCACCGAAGGCAGCUAGCAGAGACGACAGAAAUAUAUCGCCCGGUCUAGUCUUCGAAUGUGACCUUACGCGUUUAAAUGUACUAAAUUCCACAUGUCGUCCUAUCGGCCUUGACAUAGACGUUGACGGAGGAUUCUUUGGAAAUAUCUUAAUACCAAAGGACUUCUUCAAAGAUGACAUGUGGUUUGGUGCAACCAUUGCGAGCGUGCCAAAUGGUAAACUUUUGAUGUGUGCCCCUCGGUGGACGGUCCCGUAUAGGGACAAACAUUUGCUUGCCAAUGGCGCGUGCUACGUAACAUCGCACAGGAGAGGAAUGAGUCUCCUGCCCUUGAAGGAAAUGAAUCAUCAAGCAUUCAAAACGGACGGUUCUAGGAAGGAGUACGGCGAGUACGGCACCCAUCUAAAUCUCUAUGCGUACGCACAAGCAGGCAUAUCGGUUAAAGUAACGGACAGUAACUCCGUAUUGAUCGGUGCACCCGGUCUUCUCCAAUGGACAGGCGGGAUUGUCGAUUAUCAGUUCUAUCCUGAUACACGAUCUAUGUUUUUUUCGAAACAGCCGACCACAAAUCCCUAUUACACGAAAUAUUUGGGCCCGGAUGACUAUUUUGGUUAUAGCGUGGAGUCGGGUGUUUUUGAAACGAAUAAAACUUUAUACGUAGCCGGUGCACCACGAUCCAAAUCAAGCUACGGUCAGGUAUUGAUAUUCGAACCCGCCUUCAGAGAGAACGAUCCGCUGAAGAUCGUGUUAAGUCUACGGGGUCCACAACUAGGGUCAUAUUUCGGCGCAAGCUUAUGCUGCAUGGAUGUGAAUGGGGAUGGAAAGUUGGACCUUUUGGUGGGCGCACCGAACUUCGUGAAAAGGGAAGGAGAGGUUGGGUACGACCAAGGCGCAGUUUUUGUCUACCUCAAUAGUGUGCAGAAUAAAAAUUUCUCUUUAAACCUUGGAGGUUUCGUCACCGGUUCUAGCUUGAAUGGAGCGCGAUUUGGCACAGUCACAGCAGAUAUGGGCGACGUAGACGGCGAUGGCUACAGAGAUGUCGCUGUAGGGGCGCCGUGGGAGAACGAAGGCCGUGGUGCCGUUUACUUAUAUAGAGGCGGGGAAAAGGGCCUUAGUGGGGAAUACGUACAAAAGAUCGUAGCAAAGGACGCUCAGAGUUUCGGAAUUUCAAUAUCAAAAGGUUUCGAUGUCGACAAAAAUAAUUGCAGCGAUUUGGCAGUUGGCGCGAUUAACAGUGGUACAGCUUAUUUAUACCGAUGCGUUCCAACUAUAGAAGUGCAUGCAGCUAUAAAAGUCCCCGACGCCAUGUACUUGCCACUCAAUGCGACAAAUUUUACCGCCCUCUUCUGCAUAGAGGCUCUAGAGCAGCCGAAAUGGCCUCAUGUCAAAAUAACCCUUCUAGCAAAGAUUACCGUGGACCCUGCAGGGGAAAGAGCUUGGAUAGUUGAUGAUGAACCAUAUGAAAUCAUCGUUAAACCAGGGGACAAAGCAUGUAAAGAGCAAAUUGUGCAGGUUACGCCCACGGCAGACCUAUCAAAGCCAAUUACAAUAAUAUUUGAUUUGCACCCCAAAAUCCUACUUAAAGAUGAUUCACCGAUUUUUAUACCAGAUGAAGCUAGAAUUUCUGAGAGAUCGCGACUACACUCUUCGUUUGAUAUUCAACUAAAUAGAGAUUGUGGGGAGGAUCUGAUAUGUAAACCGUUAUUGGAAUUGACUUUAAAACCCCUAAACAGUCCUUUUGUGCCUGGAUCAGGGAACAGGCUGGGCGUGGAAGUGACCAUACUAAACAAAGAUGAACCCGCUUACGGGGCUAAAGUGAAUCUUUGUUUACCGUCCCUACCUAAAAGGCUGCCAAGCGCAUGUUCCUUGGAAAAGCUAAACGUUACUUGUGACGUACCGGCACCUCUCCAUAGAAACGAGUCCGUAUCUUGGGAAAUUGAAUUGGAAUUCUCUCAAAACACUUCGGUUAUUAGUGAAAUAAAGGUUGACGCUGAUCUAGAAGAUCCGCUUCAUAGCAAGAACUCCAGUGAUAAGAUUACCAAACACCUUACUAUAGUUAUAAAACCCGAAGCAUCUUAUAAUAUUACCGGGACUGUUCAGCCAAAUAGGACCAUCACAGUUACUAGAGACGAAUUUGCAAACGCUGGGAAUGUAGUGUUCAUUCAUUAUUUUGAGGUGAUCAAUUUGGGACCGUCCGACUGGUACAAUUUAUCGGCUCAAAUAUUGAUUCCAGAGAAGAUGAACCUCUCCAACGGCAUCGAUGGAUGCUCGGAGGUCGACUAUCAGCUCCAAUGCUUCUGGUCUCUCCCGGCGAAUACGUCGCGAAUAAUCACGCUUUCGUACAAAUUCAAUUUAUUUUUACAUGGUCAAUACUUGGAGGAGGAAACAGCCUUGAAUGCUACUUCUACGAUUUUGCUACCUAAAUAUCAGAACAAGAAAUAUUUCGUAACAACUACGCUUAUAUUGGAUCCGGCACCGCCGUUAUGGCCUUUGAUAACCGGAAUAGUGUCAGGUUUUCUGCUCCUCGCAGCCAUCGUAUACGGACUCUACAAGUACGGUUUCUUCACAAGAAAGCAAUACGAAGACUUGAAGAGGCUUCAGGAGCAGAGUGAAGCUUCUGACUCCUUAACGGGCCUGAACAUGGAUGAUGACGAUCGAACACAAGACAUUCAGCUUUCAGGAGAUUCGGAC